AUGCCUUAUAUAACUGAAUUAAAUUGCGUAGAUGCAAACUUUGGAACAUUUCAAACGGCUGCAAGUGACAGUGAUUCCGAUGACCAGGCCCCGGAUAUUACGGAAAAUAGUGUCAGCACUUCCUUCAGCAGGACAUCAGGAGCUACGCACUCGGAAGGAAAAGCAAAAACAUCUAGAGCUGAGAAAAAAGCCCGAAAAAUGAUUUCCAAAUUAGGUCUUCGACCCGUCCCGGGUAUCGUUCGCGUAACAAUACGGAAAAAUAAAAAUAUAUUGUUUGUUAUAACAAAUCCGGCCGUUUUUAAAACCCACCACAGUGAUACUUAUAUUGUUUUGGGCGAAGCUAAGAUAGAAGAUUUGUCUCAGCAAGCGCAAAUGAACGCUGCAGAGAGAUUUAAGGCUAAUUGUUUGGGUAUAACCCAUGGUCGAGAAAUAUGCAGCUCGGCGGCUGUCUGUACUGACUCUGAUGAUUCAGAUUCUGAUGAUAAUCCUGCAUUUGGCCUAGAGGAAAAGGAUGUCGAAUUGGUGAUGUCCCAGGCCAAUGUGAGCAGAACCAGAGCUAUUCGAGCACUUCUUCGUAAUGAUAAAGAUAUUGUUAAUGCCAUCAUGGAAUUGACCAUGUGA